AUGGAUGAGAAUCUACUGGCAGCUGCAGUGGUUCUUCGGUUUUAUGAAGAGCUAGACUCGCCGUUUAUCGAUACCCCCAGUGAUGUUGCUACCCGAGGCCUUCAAGUUUUCAUUGAGGCCCAGGCAAGCCUAGCACUCGCAUCUUCGGGGCUCCGAUGUGCUGCAUUCUGGGUUGGCUUCCGCCAAGAGUUUCACAUGGCUUUCUCUCAACAGCGAUCGUUCCGCCUUCCACUUGAAAUUUGUGAUGCCUACCUCUCUUGGGAUCCAGCACCCGACCACGUUAUAGUGAACCGGUUGCUAAUAAUAGCUGCCCGUAUCAUCCAGUAUUGCUACGACGGUCAACGCCAGCAAACCCGCCCACGAUAUGAUGAAUUGAUGGCGCUCUAUAAUCGGUGGUUGGAAACGCGACCCAUUGCGUUUUCCCCAAUAUAUUCUGAUCAGCUGGACCAAGGGACCGGAUUCAUAUUUCCCCAAAAAUGGUUCCUGAAAGAUUGUCAUGUUGUUGCAGCGCAAAGCGUUGGCCUCGUAGAUAUCAUGAUAACCGCUUACAAUCCAACUGUCGCGCGAAUUGGACCUGGUCAGAAAAGUGCAAUGCAGUCCAUAGAUACCAAGCUCAAAUCUGCAGUCUUAGACAUCUGUGGAAUCGCACUUUCCAAUCGUCAAGAGCCCACAGCUCUUUUGACUGCCUGUUUCUCUAUUGCGAUAUGUGGAGACCGGUUCACUGAUCGCAUAGAGCAGGACGCUUUGAUGGAUAUUGUGAUGAAUACUGUACGAGAUAUCAACUACUGGCCAUCGAACGCGUUGGGUGAGAAGUUGAGAAAAACUUGGGGUUGGGAGUCAUGA